AUGGCUCGUCAAUCGUCUUCGUCGUCUUCACCCUACGGCGGUGGCACCACUGCAUUCCGAUCCGUUUCUUCCUUGUUUGGAGGAGCGAUUCAUCAUGUCGCCCGUUUUGCCUCACGAAGUCCCAUUGAAAUGGUCGUCGUUGUCCUCAUUUUCUCGUCGUUUUGUUAUUUCUACCUGUUUAACUUGGCACGCACCUCAGAUAUCUUUUCCGGCACCGUUGUCACUCGCUUAUAUCCCACAUCUGUCUUCGCAUCACCAUCCGACACUGUGUUUACCCCACUCGACCGCCAACACCGUGAUGGAUUCCAUGGUGCUGAUCCACAUGGCAUAAACAACAUGGGUGGCAUCAAGAUCCAGUUGAAACAAAUGGCCAUUUCAGACCCAAAACAACAAGGCCUUGAUCCCGUCAUUAUCCAACAAUUUCAACAACUCAUUAAAGACGAAAUCCAUGUGCCCGAUAAUAUCAAGAACCAAUUCAGUGUUCAAGACUUGUGUUAUCAUCAUCAACAACAGGAUCAAGACUGUUUAUUAUUCGAGACCGACAAGACAGCUUCAUCCGUUGUUUUGUCGUAUGCUUUCAAUGCCACCGGCGCUUAUCGCCAGCAUCUGGCUGAUUUGUGGGAACACAAGGUUGCUACCCUCGCGCCCGGCGAUCUUGUCUCACUGUCCAACACUGGUCAUCAAGAAAAUGUGUUCUCAUGGCUCUUUAUUAUCCUGCGCAACGUCGUCUUCCGUAUCAAAGAGCUAUUGGAUAUGGCAGACAAUGUUGACAUUAUGGUUAUCUUGGCCGGUUAUCUGAUGAUGAUUGCCACCUUUGCUUCCUUGUUCAUCAACAUGCGUGCCAUGGGUUCUCGAUACACGCUUGCUACGGCCGUUGUGUUCAAUGGAUUUGUAUCGUUCAUGCUUGCAUUAGUCACCGUGCACGCUCUCAAUGUGGACGUGUACCCAGUUGUGUUGGCUGAAGCAAUCCCAUUCCUCACCGUCACAAUUGGAUUCGAACGCUCAAUUAAACUCACCAAGCGCGUGUUCCAGCUGAGUAAGGAGACACCGAUCGCCAAGCAGGAUAUCCACAAGACGGUGGUGCGUGCUGUCGAUUCUGUCGCAGCAUCGAUCACCCGCGAUUGCUUGAUGGAGGUGGUCGUGCUCACCAUCGGAGCAAAGUCCGGCAUCUCGGGUCUUCGAGAGUUUUGCUUUUUGAGCGCCCUCCUGCUUGCUUAUGAUUUCAUUGCCAUGUUCACGUGGUACACCGCCAUUUUGACCCUGAAGCUUGAGCUUACGCGUAUUCGGGCUAUCAAUGGAUCAUCUGCCGGUGUUGCUAAGAAGGGCAGUAAUGUCAAGAGCACCGGCUAUGUUCGCCGCACCGUCGUCAAGGUUUUGGACGUGAGCGAUAAUGAGGAUGGCAAGACAGAUAGCUUCAUUAUUGGCCGUCUCAAGCUGCUCAUGAUUGCGGGCUUUAUUGGCAUGCAUGUCUUUAAACUGUGCUCGACCUUCCAGUCAAUCAACCCUCUUGUGAGUGUCACUGAACCCGGCAUUGCAGGCAUUCUCAGCCAACUUUUGCAACAGCAUCGAUCGUCCAAGCAGAGCACACUGCCUUUGAUCGUAGAGGUUUUCCCGCCAUUACCUUUCCACGUUGCUCAGUCGGCUCGCAAGAGCAUUAUACCCGAUGUGAUCUCGCAGCCUUUGAGUGCUUUACUUAGCGGUGCUGCCGUGUAUAUCCAGCACCCUGUCAUCAGCAAGCUCUUGUCCGUCGCUCUGUUCGUCUCGCUUUUCCUCAACACCUAUCUGUUCAAGGUAGUCCGUCAGCCCAAGCAAUCAGAAGAAAAGCAACAACAACAACAAGCACCUGUGGUUAUUGAAAAACCCAAGCCAGUCGCCGUCGUUUCUUUGCCUCCACCCGAUGUUAUUCGAACCGUCGACGAAUGUCUUGCCCUUGUCAAGACACCCGAAGCUCUGCAUGACGAAGAAGUCGUUUCGCUUGUCCAGAACGGCAAGUUGGCUCCGUAUGCAUUGGAAAAGACGCUUGGCGAUCACACCCGUGCUGUCCGUAUCCGUCGCUCCUUGAUCUCGCGUGCAUCCGUCACCAAGACGCUCGAACAAAGUCUGUUGCCUGUCGAAAACUAUCACUACGACAAGGUGUUUGGCGCCUGCUGUGAAAACGUGAUUGGUUACAUGCCCAUCCCAUUAGGCGUUGCUGGUCCUUUGACCAUUGACGGUAUCGACACGCACAUUCCCAUGGCUACAACCGAAGGCUGUUUGGUUGCAUCGGCUGCGCGUGGUUGCAAGGCUAUCAAUGCAGGUGGCGGUGCUAUCACGAUCGUCACCAACGACAUGAUGGCCCGUGGCCCCUGUCUGAGCUUCCCCAACAUCGUCCGUGCUGGCGAGUGCAAGCGCUGGAUCGAAAACGAAGGCAACGAAAUCAUGACUGAGGCAUUCAACUCGACUUCCCGCUUUGCCCGCUUGCAGAAACUCAAGGUCGCAUUGGCCGGCCGCUUGGUCUUUGUCCGUUUCUCGACUGCCACCGGCGACGCCAUGGGCAUGAACAUGAUUUCCAAGGGCUGUGAGAAGUCUUUGGCUUUGAUGCAAGAGUAUUUUCCCGACAUGCAGAUCAUUUCCUUGUCUGGCAACUACUGUACCGACAAGAAGCCUGCUGCCAUCAACUGGAUCGAAGGCCGUGGCAAAUCUGUUGUGGCCGAAGCCAUCAUCCCUGGCCCUGUGGUUGAAAAGGUGUUAAAGACAACCGUUGCUGCUAUCUGUGAACUGAACGUGAACAAGAACUUGAUUGGCUCUGCCAUGGCUGGCUCGGUCGGUGGUUUCAAUGCCCACGCAGCCAACAUCUUGACGGCGAUUUACUUGGCUGCUGGCCAGGAUCCUGCACAGAACGUCGAAAGCUCCAACUGUAUUACCUUGAUGGAGCCGGCAAACGAUGGUCAAGACCUGCGUAUCUCGUGCACGAUGCCCAGCAUUGAAGUCGGCACUGUUGGCGGUGGCACCAUUUUGCCUCCCCAACAGGCUAUCCUGGACAUGCUCGGUGUUCGCGGCCCCCAUCCCACAAACCCUGGUGACAACGCACGUCGAUUGGCGCGUAUCAUCUGUGCUGCAGUCAUGGCUGGUGAAUUAUCACUCUGUGCUGCGCUCGCAGCUGGCCAUUUGGUCCAAGCGCACAUGGCACAUAACCGCGCAAAGGCACCUGCUGUUACUUCUUCCAAGCCCAUUGUAGGUUCAUGUAUUAAAUCAUAA